GGCAGAACUAUAUUUGCUACAUACGAUCAUCUGCCCGGGGUUUUACAUUCGCGUUCAACUAAUCAAGUUAUGUGAGUAUGUAAAUAGGUAACUAUUAGGCUGAUGGUGAAUGUUUCUUCUCUUCUCGUCUCUCCUCCUCAGACUGUACAUUUCUUCGUUCUUUGCGUUCUUUAUGGCUACUAUAAUUGUUUUGUUUUCGCUUGGGCUUGCUUGCUAGAACGAGUACAUUAUCACUCGUCAAUACCCCGUACAUACCCGCGCGAGUGAGUUGAGCCGAUACUUAGCCUACUACCUACCCACAAAUACGCGUAUAUUCUUCCAGAGUGUCCCAAAGCCACAAGGGGUGGGUCCAACUAUCAUGCGUGAUUUAACGGCCACCUGUGACGUUGCCAGAAACAGACAAAUCCCCUGGGUAGGCUCUAGAGUUCAGCCUGCCACUUCAGACACGAAACGGAUCAUAGAGGCAGAAAUGACGUCUGCAGCGAAUUGGAAGGUUGAGACCGGACCGAAUAAGAAAAAGAAGAGCAAAGAGGCCGCGAGGAAUGCAGCGCAGAUGUGGGUCGGUGGUAGGAUACGGGAUUCCUCGCUACCCGAGUCCGAGCCGGUACGAGAAGCACCGGUGGAGAACACAGGAUUGGCGCCGCUGCCGGGGAGCACCCGUCGUGAGACGGCGGUCGUCGGAAAGCGGAUAGAAGUAUCGACGGCAGAUUGGACUCUGGGCUUGUCUAUUCAACAGGACGUCGAUACCUGGGACGAGAGAAUCUAUCGGUGCAGCCACUGCGAUAGACCCUUUCGAAAUCAACCCAGGCUGGAAAUGCACAAUCGUGCCCAUCACGACGGUGCCGUACAGAUCGAAACGGACAAAACUCUGCAGCCGGCCACCAAUACUGCUGACUACAAAAUCGAAGAAAUUGUGGUUGGUGGAGGCGAUCUGAUUCUCGAAACGACGCGUAAGAAUGGAAAGAAGAUGGGAUAUCUCGUGGGGUCGCCGGUACUUGGCUCUUCGUCGAGGGUCUUCCAUACGAUGCUAGGACGCGCUUCGUCCUUCAAGGAAGCCAUCGAUGUGCGAGGUGCGGCUAUCCUCGGAUCCCAGCCCGUGGUCAUGCAAGUGGAAGACGACUCCGAGACACUUGGGCGGGUGUUGAAGGUGCUGCACCAUCGAUAUGAAUUGUCGAAGGAGGACAUCAGUUUCGAGGACUUUGUACGAAUUGCCGAGAUCUGUCUCAGAUACGAACUGCGCGUCCCAUUACAAGCACUUGCAGAUGGCCUUAAGGAGUCACUGGAUCUGGAAAAUAUUGUGACAGUAGAAUCCGGGUAUGAGGACUGCGUGCUGAUCGCAAAUGUGUUUGGAUACGAAAGGCUCUUCACGGUUGCUACAAAGGAGGCGAUGAUGUGGUCAACGAAGGGAUCGUGUUUUGAGCAGAACCAAGGGCUCUCUACCUGCACACCUUGCAGCAUCACCGAUGAGAUCUCGCCAGCUAGGGACCCCCAGAGUCGCCAUCCACUAACCCGUGGAUAG